AUGUGGCUGACAUUCAACGAGCCUUACGAGUUACUGAAAGGCUACGCUACCACAGGCGGUCAAGCUCCGUCGCAGAAAGCUCCGGGCAUCGGCGACUACCUGGCGGCGCACACCGUCAUCAGGGCGCACGCCAUGGUCUAUCGCCUCUACGACGAGCAGUAUCGCUCCACGCAGAACGGUAAAGUCGGUAUCACACUAAACUGUGACUGGUUCGAACAAUACGAUGACCUGGAGGAAUCCCUGGAGGCUCAGGAUCGUGUGAUUCAGUUCCAGCUGGGCCUGUUCGCGAACCCUAUCCACGUCGACGGCGACUACCCGACCGUGGUGCGGGAACGUGUGGACAACAACAGCAGAGCCGAGGGUAGACCCAGGUCACGCCUGCCCAGCUUUACUGAGGAGGAGAAGCAGAUGAUCAAUGGUUCUUCUGAUUUCUUUGGACUGAAUUCAUACACAACAAGUCUCGUGAAGUCUGCAGUCGUGGGUGGCUCACCAUCAUUGGAACGCAACAGUGGUGUUCAGCGAAUAAUCAACUUCACUUGGCCUGGCAGCAGCUUAAUAUGGCUCAGGCAAUACUUGGCAGAAUUACUGAAAGCUAUCAAUGAGGAUAGGGCCAAUGUAAUUGGAUAUACAACUUGGAGCCUUCUCGACAACUUGGAGUGGGAUUCUGGUUUCAGACCAAAGUUCGGCAUCUACCACGUGGAUUUCAACAGCACUGAGAGAACAAGGACGCCAAAGGCUUCAGCAAGCUUCCUAUAUGUCAUCUAUAGCAACAUGAGUGUACCAGAAGAAUACUUUACGUAA